UUGCAUUUUGAUCUCAGAGUCGUCACUGACUUGCUGGAUUCAGUCGAUGGCAUCAUCGUCCAGAACGCGGAGUAGUUCGCCGUUUUCGCACCGGAAAUCUGUUUCGUCUUCUUCUUCGAGUCAAUCGCCGAGUUCUUUCACGAACGGGAAGAUGCUUCCACGAUCUUGUUCGAGUUCAGCAUCUUCGCAUUAUGGAAUGAGCAGUGGAUUUGGUUCUAGAUCGAUGGUUAAUGGUGGUGGUUAUGGUGAUUGCUCACCGGUAGGGUUUAUUUCCGAUGAUUUGAUGUCUGAGCCUGUGGAUGAGCCGAGGAACGGGGAUAGCAUUUCUGUGACGAUUCGUUUUCGGCCUUUGAGCGAGAGGGAGUUCCUGAAAGGGGAUGAGAUUGCUUGGUAUGCGGACGGGGACAAGAUCGUACGCAAUGAGUAUAAUCCAGCCACGGCCUAUGGAUUUGAUAAGGUGUUUGGACCAGAUACGAUUUCACCGGAGGUGUAUGAAGUUGCGGCUAAACCAGUCGUUAAGGCAGCUAUGGAGGGUGUUCAUGGAACUGUAUUUGCUUACGGUGUGACAAGCAGUGGGAAGACACACACUAUGCAUGGAGAUCAAAACUCUCCAGGGAUCAUACCACUGGCUAUAAAAGAUGUCUUCAGCAUCAUCCAAGAUACUCCUGGAAGAGAAUUCUUGCUCCGUGUAUCGUACCUUGAAAUAUACAACGAAGUGAUAAAUGACUUGCUGGAUCCAACAGGUCAGAAUUUGCGUGUUAGGGAAGAUGCACAGGGCACUUAUGUUGAGGGUAUAAAGGAAGAAGUGGUUUUGUCUCCUGGACAUGCUUUAUCAUUUAUAGCCGCUGGAGAAGAGCAUCGUCACGUUGGAUCAAACAAUUUCAAUCUUUUUAGUAGCCGGAGUCACACCAUCUUUACGCUGAUGAUUGAAAGUAGUGCACGUGGUGAUGAGUAUGACGGUGUCAUCUUCUCUCAACUUAACUUGAUAGAUUUAGCUGGGUCGGAGAGCUCAAAGACCGAAACUACUGGACUGAGGAGAAAGGAAGGAGCCUAUAUAAACAAAAGCCUUUUGACUCUUGGAACAGUUAUUGGGAAAUUAAGCGAGGGAAAGGCAUCCCAUGUUCCUUAUCGAGAUUCUAAGCUUACCCGUCUUCUUCAAUCCUCACUCAGUGGGCAUGGACACGUUUCACUUAUUUGCACUGUAACUCCUGCAUCCAGUAACAUGGAGGAAACUCACAAUACAUUGAAGUUUGCUAGCAGGGCCAAACGAGUUGAAAUCUAUGCCUCGCGCAAUAAGAUAAUUGAUGAAAAGUCUUUGAUAAAGAAGUAUCAGACAGAAAUUUCAAUCCUCAAGCAAGAACUUGAUCAAUUAAAGAGGGGGAUGCUGGCUGGUGUUAAUCAUGAGGAGAUAAUGAAUUUAAGGCAGCAGUUGGAAGAAGGUCAAGUGAAAAUGCAAUCAAGAUUAGAAGAAGAGGAAGAAGCUAAGGUUGCUCUCAUGAGUAGGAUUCAGAGGCUGACUAAACUCAUACUUGUCUCUUCUAAGAAUUCUAUUCCUGGAUGUUUGAGUGACGUUCCUAGUCAUCAAAGGAACAAAUCUUCUUUUGAAGAUAAGGUUGAGGUCACCCAAGGGUUACUUUCCGGAAGUGAGAAUCAAAAUGAUCUAUCUUCAAUUGUUCACUCAGAUCAGUUGAACGGUGAACUCUUACCAGCUGAUAGUACAAUCACUGGAUCAUCUAACGGGGAGAUGACAAUGUCAGAUCAGAUGGAUCUACUGGUCGAGCAAGUUAAGAUGCUGGCUGAAGAGAUUGCGUUUGAAACCAGC